CAAGCGCUUUCCCUCGUUCCUUCGCUCACUCUUGAGUCUCGUCACUAUAGCCGCUUCUCGGAACGUUCGACCGCGAUUGUUGCCCGCGCGCAUGCGUACGGGCGGGCACGCGCCUUGAGCCAAGGCCACGAGGCGGUUUCUCGAACGGGGAGGGGGAGUAAGGAGAGGAGGCGGAGCGCGAGCGUCGGCCGUUAAGUUCGCGUUCCGGCCGUGAUUGUGAGGGAGCGUCGACGCCGGCUGUCCGGAGGUCUCUCCUAGUGAGUCUGUUGGGAUUCUGGCGAGGCCAUAAGUCCCAGUGUGGGGUUUCUUCGACGUAAGGGGACCUCAGGCCUCGUCCGUCGGAAGGGUCUCUGCAGGAGUCUGUUGCUAAACCACAUCCUUAAAGAUAUCAGGAAUUUAUGUCAAUAUGGAUACAUGCAAGAUGCCACAGAGGGUUCAUUUAAGGAAUCCAAAUGAAUCCCUGAGAAUUCCACGCACGGUUCCCAAUGGCAAGGGUUUUUUACUUGAAGAUAAAACAUCAGCAUUAGUCAAGAAUUUUUCAAUUUGUGACCAGCUUAAAUUGUUUGUUGCUGAUAAUAAUAAUAGUAACGACAUUGAAAAUAGCCAUGAUGGCUCUCAAAAUGUGUCUCACAAACGAAUAACUGGAUCAGAUCUAAAUGGAGGAGAACUGAAAGGGGAUUUGGCAACCAUUAAUAAUCCCAGUAAUUUGUUGCUGACUUCUUUAAAGGAGAUACACUCUGUGAGUAUUAUAUCUAGUUCAACGAUGAUACCAUCAAAGCAAAACACAGUAAAGAGAAUCCCUGACAAUGCCUUAUCUGGAAACCGUGAUCUGAAGGUUGAUCCCUUAUUUGAGCCCAAGUGCCAUUUUUGUGGACUAUUUGGGUCCUUGCGAUGUACACAAUGUAAACAGAUAUAUUACUGUUCGGUGGCUUGCCAGAAGAAAGACUGGCAAAAACAUAGUGUGGUGUGUAAGCCAGUUCAAUUGAAUACAGAUAAAGCUGAAGAUAAACCAAAAUCAUCAAAUGAAAUAAAAAACAAGGAAAAUGUGCUAUCUGUGAACACUAGUGAAACAGGACAGUGCAAGAAAACAAUGAUUUCUGAUUUGAGCAUGUUGGACCUCAGAAAAAAUAUGAAAGUAGAGGGCAUAGUGAUGGAAUUUCUUAAUCCCCAUGAAUUCUACAUACAAAUCAAGACAUUUGAAGCUCUAAUUAAUAUAAACAAACUUUCUAAGAAACUCGAAGAUCAAGAUGGAAUAAAUCUAAAUGAAUAUAUUCCUACCAAAGGGGAAGUUGACAUUGCACAGUCCUCCUUGGAUCAGAAUUGGUAUAGAGUUCUGAUCAAAGAGGUGGAUAUCCUUAAGAAGAAUGCUCACGUACUAUAUAUUGACUAUGGGAAUGAAGAUACUAUACCACUAAACAGAAUUAAACAAUUGCCCAAAGAUAUUGCUCACUUUCCACCCUGUGCCGCCAAAUGCUCUGUUGAAAAUGCUUUUUUUGUUAAAGAAAAAUGGAAUGCAGUCUGCCGCAAUUCUUUUGCUCCACGUCUUAAAGGAAUGCGUUGUUUCUUAACUAUUACUAAUAUUUUGAUGGGUGAAAUUCCAUGUUUUAUUGUAGAUGUUACUUUACCAGAUUCUGGUAAACACUUAAAUGAAAUGCUCUUGGAAAUAGAAAGUGUUUUGAAUUUAAAGGAUGUGCAUAUUGAGAUGGGUAAUUCAACUACUGGUUCUGCUGUGAAGAAAACUAACAUUGAAGAAAAGAAAUGUGAAAGCAAGGAUCAUAAUGAUUGUCUGACUCCAAAGGCUAUUUCACUAUCUAUAGGAGACUCGUUUUGGGGUUUGGUGUCCCAUAUACAAACGCCUGAAAUUUUUUUUUGUCAGCAGAUAAAAAAUGGGAGCAAACUUUCCAAACUUCAAGAAUCGCUGAAUGAACACUGUGAGAAAACCUCUACUGUGAAAGAUUUCUGCCCAGCAAUAGGAAAAAUGUGCUGUGCUCAGUUUACAGAAGACCAACAAUGGUAUCGUGCAUUGGUUUUGUCCUUUGUUUCUGAAAACACAGUUCUAGUGGAUUAUGUAGACUAUGGAAAUGUUGAAGUUCUCAACUUAAAUAAACUUCGACCAAUUGUUCCAGAAUUAAUGGAAUUAUCAGUCCAAGCUAUUAGGUGUACUCUAUCAGGUGUGAAGCCAGCAUCUGGAACCUGGUCCACAGAAGCAACUUCAUUCAUGAAGAAGCUAUUUCAUAAUAAAGUGUUCAUCAUAAAAGUAUUGGCUAUGAAGGAGAAUACCUUUGUAGUAGACAUUACAAAUGACUCAAUGACUCCAGUAACAAAUGUCUCUAGUUACCUCUUAAAAUCAGGUUAUGCAGUAGAAGAAUCAUCUGCAGUGGGAGUAAUGGAAUCACAAACUAUUACAUUGGAAGGAAUUAGUGAUCAAAAGCCGGACCAAAUUGAUGCAUCUUGGAUCACAUUAACAGCUGAACAGGUGGUAAAUGUCAUGGUGUGUGUGCUGUACAGUCCCAGUGAAUUCUACUGCCAGUUGUACAGCCAUAACGACUUGAUUGCACUAGAAGAACUUAAUUUAUCUUUAAUGGAAUACUGUGAGAAAGCAGCUCCGUGUGUUUCCAAAAUCACAAAGGGUGAGCUGUGCUGUGCUUAUUACUCUGGUGAUGGUAGGUGGUACCGAGCCUUAGUGAAAGAUGCUAUUUCUAUUGAAGUUCAGUUUGUGGAUUAUGGCAAUUGUGAAAAAGUUACCCUGGAUAAAAUCAGACCAAUUUCAGCAACAUUUAUGAAACUCCCAUUUCAGGCAAUCAGAUGUUGCCUAGCAGGUGUAUGCCCAAUAAAUAAGGAAUGGAGCAAAGAAGCAACAGCAGCACUUAAGAAAUGGAUAGUUGGAAAGACGCUUCAGGCGAAAAUGGUUUCUUCAAUCAAAAACAGUGCUGAAAUUGAAAUUACUGACAAUAGUACUGGUAGUCCAAUAUUGAUAAAUGAUAUUCUAGUUGACGAACAUUUGGCUUUAAAAAAAGGACUCGUGCCAAAUCAAAAAAUGCCUUCAGGUGAAUUAUUAGCUCAUGAUUUUCAAGAGGUGUCUCCAAAUGUACAGUGGACAACAGUUAAAUUUGCAGUUGGUGAAACAGUGUCUGUACGUGUAGUACAUGUGAUGAACCCUGGGUUAUUCUAUGUCAUGCCAACAAAGCCCAAAGUGAAUCCACAAGAGCUCCAUAAGUUAAUGACUGAACUUGCUGAUUACUGCAGCGUUCAAGAUGGUCACAUCUUAAACCCAAAAGUUGGUGAACCCUGCUGUGCCAGGUUCUCAGGUGAUAACAAAUGGUACCGUGCUCUUGUUCUGAGCAUUUUAGUUUCAGAAGUGAAAGUAGUGUAUGCAGACCAUGGAAAUGUGGAAGUGUUGCCAUUUUCUAGACUACUGCCAAUAACUUCCCGCUUUUUGGAAUUACCUUUUCAAAUACUGAAGUGUUCCUUAGCAGGAAUUACAGAACCAGCUGGAAAUAGGUCCAUAUUACCAACAGAGAAGAUAAAAAGUCGUCUCGUGUAUAAUGAGUCUGUCAUAGUUAAGGUGAAAGGAAUUAAUGAAAAUACUCAUGAAGUAACUAUCCAGAAAAAUUGUGAGAAUCGUACUCUAGAAAUAGCAGACAAACCAGUAAUCGAAAACUCCGUCAACUGUUGUGUCAAUGGAAAUCAAUGUGCAGAGAAAGAUAAUUUCUGCUUUACAGAUUGGAAAAAGCGAGUUGUAAAGCUUGAAAAGAUUGUUAGUUUUCUACUUAAAGACCGUUUCGGUGAAGAUGAACCUCCUGAAAUUGUGAAGUUUCUAGAACAAUAAAGGUUCACUAUAAUACAUUGUAUGAUAUGCUUCUAGACCAUAUUAUAAUAUAUUAUCAUUGCACUUUUUAAGAAUAUGGACAUAAGACAACAGUAAUAAUCAUACUUGUGGAAUAAUACCGAAUAUUACUUUUCUAGAUUUCACAUCCUGAAUAUAAUACCCUGUGAUAGUAGAAACUGUGGUUUAUUUUUAAUAUAAAGGUGAAGAACCUUUGGUCUUUCAGAUGUUUUGUCUUGUGGUAAAGCCAGUGGUGAGAAAUUGUGAGAGUUGUAGUUCAACAGAGCAGGAGGGACAAACAUUUCCAUAGUUUAAGCCAAAGAAGCAAUUAAUCUAAAGCUUUUUUCCCAUUAAAAAUAUAGUUUAUGUUCGCAUUGUUAAGUUUAAAAUUUUGUAUUAUGUUUUAUGUGUUUAGUCUAAUUUGAAAUGGCUGUCUUUCAAAAAUAUUUGACACCUUCAUAAGAUACUAAUUUUACUUAGCUAAUUAUUACCAUUUUCUUAAUUGUUCGUCUUUUUAUGGAAAUUAAGUUGUGCAUUUAUUAUUUAGGACUAAAAGAAAACAUAUUAGGAUUAAACCUAUUGAGUCUUAUCUCUUGAGGAAAUAUGCCUAGAAUACUACUGUAAGUCAUAUCAAGAGAGUUUCAUUUUUACAUCUCUGUAUGUUUUUUUCCAUUCUGAGUAUCAUGUUCAACUGAAUUUGUGUCAUGUAAUAAAUGUGGGACGUUAGUAAAUACAGAAUGUAAAUAUUGCUGAUUUGAGAGUAUUGUAAACUGAUGGUUUAAAUCAUUACUUAUUUCAAUUUAACAUUAAAGUAUCUCCAAAGUACAAAUAUGUACAUGUAUGCCUAGAAAGGCCAAUAUAGUAUUAAAAGUUUUGUAUUGCUUAUUAAAAGGGUGGAGUAUACAAGAUCAUAA